AUGAAUACCCAAUUGGAGAAAAGAUUAUUAAUAAUCACCGACGAGUAUACGCUCGAUCAACCGCAAUCAAUUAAAUGGCGAGUAUUUCAUUGUACUCAUUAUAUGCUCGGUGGUCUUUUGUUUAUUACCGGUUCUUGUAUAUAUUUUCCAUUGAUAAUUAAUCAAAAUUUUAAUUCACCUAACGGUGGUGGAUGGUUAUUUACAAUUGGAUCAUUUUUCUUUUUGCUAGCUGAUAUACAAGAAUGGUAUUCUUAUCGUAUUGGCUAUUAUUUUAAAAAAUAUCGUACAGUCUAUGAGACUAUUGAUGAUGAUUUGAUUCAUUAUUCAAAUAAUACACCUAGAGGAAAAUAUGAACAAGCAAUAACUGAAUUAAAUCUUUUUAUGUCAGUUUGCGGUAGUGCUUUGUAUCUAACUGGUUCAAUAUUUUUUCUACAAAUGUUUGCCAAAUAUCUAAUAAUAGGAGAAUGGUUAUUUAUUAUUGGAUCUGCAGUUAUUUAUAUAUCACAAUGUUGGAAACUAUGGCGUUCUGGAUGUACAAAUGUUCAUAAUCGUCAGGAUCAAACAUUUUCCAUCUACAAUUUACUAAAUAAUAUACCAACUUUCGGUGUUGAUUUCUUUGCUGCAAUCGGUGGUAUUUUUUAUUUUAUGGGCACAGUAUUAUACUUACCAACAUUCAAUAAAUCGGACUGGGAUGAACCGAGAGUAUCGAGGUUGUUUGUUGCCGGUGGUAUAUGUUUUACAAUUAGUGGAUUAUGUUUAAUAUAUCGAUAUUAUUCGACAAGACAAUUAUAG